CUGUCAACUGGGACGUCAGUCGUUCCAAAAAUAUCUUUGCUGAAAAAUUAGCCUUUUUUAAGGUUUGAAAAGGAAUAAAACAUGUCUCUUAUUACCAGAAAUGUUUUCCGUACUUUAAUACAGGGUUCACAACACAUCGGCAAAGGUUUGCACACAACAUCGGUAAAGGCUGACAAAAACGUAUGUUUUGCGCCCCUUUCAAUCAGCACCCUGGAAAAAAACAAAGAGGGACGCAUUAAAUGCACCCUCAUACCUGGUGAUGGCGUCGGUCCAGAGCUGGUCUACUCGGUUCAGGAGGUCUUCAAGGCAGCUGGCAUCCCUGUGGAAUUCGAGUCGUACUUUUUCUCCGAAGUGAAUCCCACGUUGAGUGCGCCGCUGGAAGAUGUCGUCGGCUCCAUUGCCAGAAACAAGAUUUGCAUUAAGGGUAUUUUGGCGACACCAGAUUUUUCCCACACCGGUGAACUGCAAACCCUGAACAUGAAACUGCGCAAUGCGUUGGACUUAUACGCCAACGUUGUCCACGUGAAGUCGCUGCCCAACGUCAAGUGCCGGCAUCAUGACGUCGACUGCAUCAUUAUCCGUGAGCAGACUGAGGGGGAGUACUCGGCGCUGGAACACGAAUCUGUGCCUGGUGUCGUGGAGUGCCUGAAAAUCAUUACAGCGGCCAAGUCGGAACGCAUCGCCAAGUUCGCGUUCGACUACGCCGUUAAGAUGAGGCGUAAGAAGGUUACAGCGGUUCACAAGGCCAACAUCAUGAAGUUAGGCGACGGACUGUUCCUGCGAAGCUGUGAAGAGAUGGCAAAACUUUACCCGCGCAUCCAGUUCGAGAAGAUGAUCGUUGACAAUUGCACGAUGCAGAUGGUCUCAAACCCGAACCAGUUCGAUGUUAUGGUCACCCCUAACCUGUACGGCAACAUCGUGGACAACCUCGCGAGUGGACUGGUGGGCGGCGCUGGCGUGGUUGCGGGCGCUUCGUACAGCGCUGACUGCGCGGUGUUUGAACAGGGAGCCCGCCACAUCUUCUCCGGCGCUGUGGGCAAGAACAUCGCCAAUCCCACGGCCAUGCUUCUCUGCUCUGCCAACUUGUUGGCGCACGUCAACUUGCACUCGUACUCCAAGAUGAUCAAGAACGCCAUCAACAAAGUACUGAAGGACGGCAAGGUCAGAACCAAGGACCUUGGAGGGCAGUCAACAACGAAAGACUUCACCUACGCGGUCAUCCAUUGUCUCACAUAAGCGUACUCCAUAAAACCUAGUACGCACUGUGUAAUAUUUCCGCGCGGUCAUAAAAACGCAACAACAGUUUCUGCUGUCUCAAAAUUGCAGUCUCGGUGCAGUUGAAUCGGAGCCUUUGACUGUGUAAUAGAUCACGUGACGGUAUGACGUCAUUUGCGUGCAAAAUCACUUGCAAAUAAAUGCGCUUGCUCGUAAUCAAAUAUUUGUGCUUGAGUAAAAUUUUAACAGUGAAGACGUAAAUGUAAGUAACAUUUACGUCUUUUUCGUCUUCACUGCUAAAGUUGUAUACAAGACAAAUUGUAAACGAAGCAUUCUUGAAUCUUUAUUAUCGAUUUGGUUUCUAAAGACGCAAUAAAACCGCGCGGUCGUAUCCCACAGUGCGUGUUUACUCUAUAUUAAAGGAGGUCGCAUAUAGGGACAAUUAAUUAUAAAGCUAAGAUUAUGAUGCCCUUAAGUGUAUGAACGCGUAGUCUAAGAGACGACCGUAAGAUAUAGUACAGAUGGAAUACAUUUUAUGCUAUCCACUGUUGACUACCGUACCCCUGGCCGUACCUGUGCUGGUACGGUGGGUAAUUUAGAGUUAAACAUUUAAACCUCAGCUUUAUGUCGUUGUAACAGAUAGUUUUAGUAAUAAUGUGAACUUUAAAAUGCGGCCGGCGGCUUAAGCAGCUGGUGCCAUCAGCUUAAAAUCUUGCUCAAUUACUGCAGCCGGCGGCUUUUACCAAUUUAAGUUAAGAGGCACUGUCCACAAAACCUAAUGAAGCAUUACUUUCGCGUACAAAAUAAUAAAUUAUAUACUGUACGUACGUAUACAAAUAUAUACUGAUACACGCAAUAAUUUAUUUAACCUUAAUAGAAAAGUUCUGGAUUGAAUAAAACAUUUAUCUGAAUAUCUUCCGAUCGUCUCUUGUACUGUCCACUUUGGGCGCACUAGCUCUGAUUUUCUUUGCCCUAAACUUCAAUUUGCGACGUCACAAUUGACAGUUCUUAUGCGACUUGUCAAAUCUGACGUCACAAAACAUGUUAUGUAUGGUGCCAUUGUUUAUAGAAUCAGUGCGUAUUGUGUAACUUUUUUGACCAGUUGUUUAGAAAAAAACAUGAUUGAACAGCCGCGAUAAAGUAUGAAUAAGUAAAUUUAAGUAUGGCUAGCUGAAAAAGUAUAAAUUCAUCGUCAAAUCAUUCAUCACAUUGAGUGCUAUCUAUAUUAAUCUGAUAAUUGCAAGUCUAUGAGCUCAAACGAGCCCAAUAUUAACACGGCGAUCAUACGUAUGACUUUUAAAGUUCACAAACGUUAUGUUAGUCAAAUUAGCGUAUAGUUCGUUCGCUAAAAUAGUCCCAAAGGCGGGCGUUGGCUACUUCAAAGACUGUACACCCCUAGUGUUCAUUGUACAGAUGACUAAAUACACAUUUAGAUUUCAGUAAAAAAAACAAUAAAAGAGGUAUUAAAUAACAUACCUAUUUAUUUAUUUUCUCAUACUAUUUGUGCGGAGGCAAUGUGGGUCAUUGCAGGUUGGUGACUGCCAUGAGAGUUAAACAAUACGGGGCGUUGUGUUAUUAAAAACAUACCAAAUGUAGGCAACUUGCUCUUAGAGUACCUAAACCGUAAGCGAAAUAAUUUAUUUAUUGAUGUUAUAAUUUUUUUGUUUUUUGAGAAAUAUGUGAUCUGCAAUCAUAGAUGAAAUUAAUAGAGGACAGUAUUGUUUAAGUAUUUAAUGUUACCAUGUUGAAUAAAAUAUUGACAAUA